AUGGUAGCGCAACCUCCAAAGGGCACCGCGCCGGAACAAUCCACUCCCUCAACACAGAUCGACCUCGACGAUCAAGAGCUGGCCGAGGACGACGUGCCCGCCCCUGCUUACGGCGAACAUUAUGGCGUGAUCCACGAUGAAAAGAAUGGCAUGGGCACCAGUGCCCAGCUCACCGACGAUGGCCGCGUCGCCAUCCGCAUCAAUCACUUCAAUCGCCAACUGUCCCAGCUUAUUGCUCCCCCUCUACAUGUCGAAGACAGUCGUCCGCUCCCUCCCCCAUACAUUCCUCCUUCCCUGGGAGGCGACCCGUCAGUUCGCCCACCUCCGCCCUUGAACAUAGUCAUCCAGGUCGUGGGCUCUCGCGGAGAUGUACAACCCUUCGUUGCCUUGGGAAAGGUCUUGAAAGACGUCUACGGCCAUCGUGUACGUCUGGCGACUCACUCCACAUUCGAGGACUUUGUUCAGCAGCAUGGCCUGGAAUUCUUCAGCAUUGGCGGCGACCCUACCCGGUUGAUGGCCUUCAUGGUCAAGAAUCCCGGCUUGAGGCCAGGCUUUCGUAGCGUAAUGAGCGGAGAUGUCGGCCAGCAAAGAAAACAUGUUGCCGAAUAUAUUCAGGGCUGCUGGCGGUCCUGUUACAGAGCCGAUGAUGGAACUGAUGAUGACCUUUCCGAGUCCUCGGGAAGCGAUUCUGGCUCUAGGCCUAUA